AUGCCAGAGCCCACAAAGAAAGAUGAGACGCCAAACGGCCAGCCAGAAGAAAGUGUUGCCCCAGAAAGUAACGGCGCUCCGAUGCCGCUACCUGAGAUUUCCCUGGAGGUUUCUCCCCCGCCAGAGGCGGUAUCAGAGGUGCAAGAGCCAGUAGAGCCUGUUGGGAAGAUGCCAGAGCCCCCAGAGCCUGAGCCGUUACAGGCUGUGGAGGCUCAGGAGCAGAGUCCCACUGAGAACGGCUCAAACCAACCGCCGCCUGGUGGAGUUGGGGUUACAGAGCAAGCUGAGGCCGCUAGCCCGGCUGUUAAGGAAGAGCCGGGCCCUUGCUCCCCCCCACAACUUGAUGACGAUCAUGAAGCCGCCACUACCCCAUCCCCGACACCCCACGCAGAGGAUGCCAAUUCAGUCAAGAAACUCUCAGUUGAUCUGCCUAAUGAUAGCGUCCAUGUGUCAGCCAUGGGGAGAAAAGACUCAGUGUGGUCUCUGGGAGAAGGCUUGAACCCGGAUGAACUGGAUAAGCCCAUUGACACCCCGCCGCUGUCCAUCCUGCUGAUAGAGAAACCUCAAGGUGGCACCAUCCCAGUGGGGGCCGACAUCAGCUUCGUGGCCAAGGUGGAGUGCAAAGAUCUUCUCCGCAAACCCACCAUCAAGUGGUUCAAAGGGAAGUGGAUGGAUCUGGCCAGCAAAACAGGGAAGCACUUGCAGCUGAAAGAGACCUUCGACCGACUCACCAAGAUCCACACAUUUGAGAUGCACAUCAUCAAGGCCAAAGAGAACUAUUCCGGGAAUUACAGGUGUGAGGUCACCUACAAGGACAAGUUUGACAGCUGUUCCUUUGACCUGGAAAUACAAGAAGCUGAGCAGGGCUCACAGAAUAUUGAUAUCCGAUCAGCUUUCAAAAGAAGCAGUGAAGGACAAGAGGAUGCAGGCGAGCUUGACUUUAGUGGUCUCCUUAAACAUAGAAAUCAAAGGGAGCCGAGACAGGACGACACCCCAGAGGUGGACGUGUGGGAGAUCCUGAAGAACUCCCGGCCUGACGAGUACGAGAAGAUCGCCUUCAUGUACGGCAUCACAGAUCUGAGGGGUCUGCUGCGGAGGAUGAAGAAGAUCCCGAGAGAGGAGAAGAAGAGCGAAGCUUUUGCAAAGAAGCUGGAGUCAGCAUACCAGGCGGAUAAAGGUGGGAAGAUCCGCCUGGUUGUCGACCUCGCUGACCCCACAGUCGAUCUGAAGUGGUACAAGAACGGACAGGAAAUCAGGCCCACUCCCAAUCAAAGGAAGUAUAUUUUUGAGCAGAAGGGAACACAGAGGAUUAUGGUCAUCAACAACUGCAGCAUGAACGACGACGCAGCCUAUUCUGUGGCUGCAGGAGACGAGAAGUGCUCCACCGAGCUGUUUGUCAAAGAGUUGCCAGUUAAGAUCGUUAGAGGUAUUGAGAUGGUGAAGACGACAGUGAAUGAGAGGAUCGAGCUGGAGUGUGAGGUGUCAGAGGAAGGUGCUCAGGUCAAAUGGAUGAAGAACGGUGUUGAGGUUCCCACAGGAGUGCGUUCCAGAUACCGAGUCAAGUGUGAGGGAACCAAACACUUCUUGGUGAUCGACGACUCCUCCAGAGAGGACACUGGGACAUACUCCAUCAUGGCCACCGGGGGCACAUCUGAGGCUCGAGUACAAGUCGACUUGAAACCACUGAAGAUCUUCCAGGACCUGCAGGAUAUCACAGUGAAGCUGGGUCAACCAUUGAACAUGCACUGCGAGAUCUACCCCGGCAACGUCCCAGGCCGCUGGUACAGGAAUGGACAGCUGAUCCAGCCUAAUGACCGCAUCAACAUCAUCCACAAACAUAAGAACCACCGACUUGAAAUUGCGACUUGCUCUCUCCACGAUGCAGGAGAUUACACUUUUGUACCUGAGGGAUAUUCACAAAGCCUCUCUGCCAAAAUUCACAUCAUUGACCCUCCCAGAGUGCACUUGGACAGCUUGAACUUACCGGAGCAGACAAUGACGAUUGUGGCAGGGAACAAACUUCGCUUGGAGAUCCCCAUCACUGGAGAACCAGCGCCCAGAGUGGUGUGGAUGAAGGGAGAGCGGGUCAUUCUGGAGUCAGGCAACCGUGUCCGAGCUGAAACGUACGGCGAUCAGACCAGCCUCACAAUUGACGUCACAGAGAGGGAAGACACAGGGAACUACAAGAUCGUCCUGCAGAAUGAGGCCGGUGAGGCCACGGCCAGCAUCAAGAUCAAGGUUGUAGACAUUCCUGACCCUCCGGAGGCUCCCUUGGUUCCACUGGUUGGGGGGGAUUGGUGCUCUAUGACAUGGGAACCACCCAAAUAUGACGGGGGUUCGCCAAUAUUAGGCUACUUCAUUGAGAGGAAGAAGAAACAGAGCUCCAGAUGGAUGAGACUGAACUUCGACCUGAUCAAAGAACUAUUAUUCGAACCCAAGAAGAUGAUUGAAGGCGUGCCGUAUGAAGUGCGGAUCUUUGCGGUCAAUGCCAUCGGCGUGUCCAAGCCCAGUGAACCUUCCAAAGCCUUCACUCCCCUGGCUGUGACCAGUGAGCCCACCAUGCUGGUUGUGGACGAUGUCACGGACACCUCAGUAACUGUAAAGUGGCGUCCUCCUGAGACUAUCGGAGCUGCCGGUCUGGAUGGAUACUUGGUGGAGUACUGCAUAGAAGGAACUGAUGAUUGGGUGACAUCCAACACUGAUCUGACAGAGAAAACGAAGCACACCAUCACUGGACUCCCUCCAGGCGCCAAAAUCUUAGUUCGAGUCAAGGCCAUCAAUGCUGCAGGUGCGAGCAACCCCCGGACCCUUCAGCACUCUGUCAUGGUCAAAGAGGUUAUUGAACCCCCCAAGAUCCGGGUCCCCCGCCACUUGAAGCAGACGUACACUCGUAGAGUCGGAGAAGCGGUCAACCUCGUGGUGCCAUUUAUGGGCAAACCCAGGCCAAAGGUCUCGUGGUUGAAGGACGGGAAGCCCAUAGAGCCGUCACACGUCAACAUCCGCAACACAGAGUGCGACAGCAUCAUCUUCAUCCGUAAGGCUGAACGCAGCCACUCUGGGAAGUACGAGAUGGCAGUGCAGGUUGAAAACCACGUGGACACAGCCAUUAUUGACAUUCAAAUCGUAGACCUUCCUGGACCUCCCCAGUCCAUCACAAUUGAAGAUGUAUGGGGAGGAAAUGUGGCUUUGGUGUGGACUCCACCAAAAGACAAUGGCAACGCCCCAAUCAUAGGCUACACAAUUCAAAAAGCAGACAAGAAGACAAUGGAGUGGUUCACGUGCAUCGAGCACUACCAUCGCACCUGCAUCACCAUCACAGAGCUGGUGGUCGGUAAUGAGUACUUCUUCAGGAUCUACUCAGAGAAUAUGUGUGGCCUGAGCGAGACCGCCACCCAAACCAAAAAGAGCGCCCUCAUCAUGAAAGAAGGCUUGCAGGUGAAGACACCCGAGUACAACGACCACGACUUCAAGGAAGCGCCAAAGUUCACGCAGCCGCUGAUCCACACUUCUGCCGUCGCAGGCUAUAAUGCUACUCUGAACUGUAGUGUCCGUGCCAACCCAAGGCCCAAAGUCAUCUGGAUGAAGAAUAAGAUCAUGAUUGUCGACGACCCGCGCUACCGCAUGUUUAGCAACCAGGGAGUAUGUACCCUGGAGAUCAGAAAGCCCAGCCCCUAUGACGGUGGCCUGUACACCUGCAAGGCCAUCAACGACCUGGGAGAGGCCCAAGUGGAGUGCAAGCUGGAGGUCAAAGGGGGCUUCACCUUCUACGAACUCAUGCAACGCGGCGUGCCCCUCAACCUGAUUGACAAGUACCUGAGCGAGGUGAAGGUUGUCGAGCAGGAGAAGUAA